AAGAGGGAGAGCGGCUUCUGAGCUGGUUGUCACAGCAAAGAUAAGCUGGAAAGCCUGAAGCGCAGCCUGCGGAAAUUCGUGGAAGCAAGCGGGCGUGCUUGGAGGAGGGAGGGUUCGAAAGAAUUUGGCCUAAUAGCUAUGGGAAUUGAGAAGAGUGCUUGUGUCCGGAGAGGAAUUGUCUGUCUAUACGACUUGGGGACUCUAAGUGUGAAGUCCUCGGAAGUCCCCAAAGAACUUGUAAUUCCUUUGAUUCACAAUGGGCAUCGGAAGCAGCAAUUGGCCCAAGCACCUAGACCAUCCUUAAAUCCUGAAGGCUCCGUAGAUGGGGGGCUGCUGUCCCAGGCGGUGAAGGAGCUCAUUGAGGAAUCCAAGAAGUCUCUGGAGGAGAGAGAGAAUGAGGGUGUCCACCCCACGCUGGCUAUCCCCAUGAUCCAGAAAGGAUGCAUCCCCGAAAGGGAAGGGACAGAUAACGAACCCCAGGCUGAGACAAUGCCGGAGGAGGCAGAUUACGAGGCAAUCCCUGUGGAGGUCUAUGGGCUGGCCAUGUUGCGAGGCAUGGGUUGGAAACCUGGCAAGGGCAUUGGCCGGACCUUCAAUCAAGUGGUGAAGCCCCGGGUCAACUCACUGAGGCCCAAGGGGUUAGGCUUGGGUGCCAACCUGACUGAGGCCAAGGACCUGGUCCCCCACCAAGCACCAAAGCCAGGUGAGAAGCAAGUGAAGGAGGAGGACCAACCUCAAGGUCUGGUGCCUGAUGGACCCGUGGUAGUCCUGUCUGGUCCCCACCGAGGCAUGUAUGGAAAGGUGGAAGGCCUUGAUCCUGACAAUGCCCGGGCCCUGGUUCGUCUGGCAAUUGGGAGCCGUGUGGUGACCGUCAGUGAGUACUGCCUGAGGCCUGUCUCCCAGCAGGAGUUUGACAAGAAUUGUUCUGAUCUCAGCCAGGUGAGCAAAACAGCCUCAGAACCAUGGAACGGAAUCAUCUCAUCCAGGAAACACCUCCAGGAUCAGCACCUGCAUGUUCUGUGCGAGGACUCAGGCAGAAAGCGGAAACACCCUUCAGACCGGCAGGAUGAGCCUGCAGCCAAGAAUGAGAAAACAGCCACCACGAGUCAGCACUGGUUGCGCAGAGAUCUACGUGUGCGGUUCGUGGACAAGCUGCACAAGGGCGGCCAGUAUUACAACACCAAGAUGACGGUUGAAGAGGUCCUGAGCCCAGGUACCUGUGUGUGUCGGACCGAUGAAGGCCAGAUCCUAGAAGGCCUGACGGAAGACAUGCUGGAGACCCUGAUUCCAAAAGUUACGGGCAACCGUGUAAUGGUGGUGCUUGGACCACAGGCUGGAAGGGUGGGAUGUCUACUGGACCGGGACACAGAGGGGAGCCGGGCUUUUGUGCAACUGCGGCGAGAGAAUCAGUUGGUGGAGCUUCACUACGAUGCUAUCUGUGAAUACGUGGGCCCCAGCGACUCAGAUGAAGAUUGACUGGUGGGCCCCACUGCCAUGUCCCAGACUGUUCCCAGUUCUGUGCAGUAUGAAACAUUUGCCUUCAGGGAGAUUAGAAGAUAUUUUUUCAUCUACGACUAGCAAGUUGUGGAAGAAAAAAUAUCUAUAUGAUACAGAAACAAGGUCAAAAGUGAAUGGACCAGAAAUGAUAAUAGAAAUAAACCCACUAUUCACCAGAAAUUAGUAUAUAAUAAAAACCAUGUCAAGUCA